AAAUGCAGAGACACGUGCGGGCGCGGAUCCCGGAGGGCCCCGCCCCCAAGUUGGCGCUUGCGCAUUGGGUACGCAGUCUGUACGCAAGCGCGCGCUUCUGGGCGGAAGCGGCAGUCCCUGCUGCACGUGGGCUCCCCGGCGAUGGAGGAGUCGAUGCAGACUGAAACCAAGGUACGCCCCGAGUCUGGAGCAGAGUCUGGCCCUCGGAGCCCAAGCUGUACUCUCCGGCACUUUGCCUGCGAACAAAACUUGUUGUCCCGGCCCGAUGGCUCUGCUUCUUUCCUGCAAGGGGAUACCUCCGUCCUGGCAGGUGUGUACGGCCCAGCCGAGGUGAAGGUCCGCAAAGAGAUCUUCAACAAGGCCACACUGGAGGUGAUCCUGAGGCCCAAGAUCGGGCUGCCGGGUGUAGCGGAGAAGAGCCGGGAGCGACUGAUCAGAAACACGUGCGAAGCAGUAGUGCUGGGAGCGCUGCACCCCCGCACCUCCAUAACUGUGGUGUUGCAGGUCGUCAGUGAUGCAGGCUCUCUCCUGGCCUGCUGCCUGAAUGCUGCCUGCAUGGCACUGGUGGAUGCGGGUGUGCCCAUGCGGGCCCUCUUCUGUGGGGUCACCUGUGCUCUGGACUCCGAUGGGACCCUCAUGCUGGACCCCACAGCCAAGCAAGAAAAGGAGGCCCGGGCGGUCCUGACCUUUGCUCUUGACAAUGUGGAACGGAAGCUGCUGAUGUCCACCACCAAGGGACUCUACUCAGAUGCUGAGCUCCAGCAGUGCCUGGCUGCAGCCCAGACUGCCUCCCAACACGUCUUCCGCUUCUACCGGGAAUCGCUGCAGAGGCGUUACUCCAAGAGCUGAGGCAGCCAAGAGUCGAGGCAGGCCAGGGCAGGUGCCCCUCCCGCCACCGCCCACUCCCUCCAGCACCAACUAAACCAGCAGCCUGGCCCUGCCUGUCUGUCCUUGUGCGUGGGGGUGAGCUUGUGGCUCUGUCACUGCAGGAGCCCCUAACCUGCCAGGAAUGUGUGGCUAAUAGCCCCAGGGUCUGCCCCACCCCAAGAAAAUGGAUCAUGCAUUUAUUGAAUGAACCUACUCAUCCCAAUAGCCCUGCAAGGCCUGUUACAGUGUGUGGGCCCUACCAGGUGCUGAGGCCAUGGCAAUGUAUGGGACCCAGGUCCUGGGUUUUGAGAAGCAGUGCUGUGAUAGACAAAUAAAAUUGGUGUUUGUUGGA